GGCCACACUUUGCGAGAUACCUGGAAAAAGUUUGCAAGUUUUCUCAUUUCACAAAUAAUCAAUCGUCGAAAUGGUGGUCAAAGCUGUCUGCGUAAUUAAUGGCGAUGCCAAGGGCACCGUUUUCUUCGAACAGGAUAGCAGCGAUACGCCCGUAAAGGUCACUGGAGAGGUAUGCGGCCUGGCCAAGGGUCUCCAUGGAUUCCAUGUCCAUGAAUUCGGGGACAACACCAACGGCUGCAUGUCCUCCGGUCCCCACUUCAACCCUCAUGGCAAGGAGCACGGAGCUCCUGCUGACGAGAACCGUCACUUGGGCGAUCUUGGUAACAUCGAUGCCACUGGCACCUGCCCCACCAAGGUCAACAUUACCGACUCGAAGAUCACGCUCUUUGGCGCCGACAGCAUCAUCGGGCGCACCGUGGUAGUUCAUGCCGAUCCCGAUGACUUGGGCAAGGGUGGCCAUGAGCUGAGCAAGUCCACGGGCAACGCUGGUGCCAGGAUCGGGUGCGGCGUUAUUGGCAUCGCCAAGAUCUAAUCGGCUGAAGGACGGACCCCUUAUUAAGAAGAAGACACGCCUAUGGAGUUUCCAAUUCCGAACUACUCUAUUUAGCACUACUUACCUAUUGGAGAAAUGCAAAUGAUAAAUGAUAUAUAUACUUCUACAUAUACAUAGCCUGUGGUCUGUUAGGUUAAUACGCAACCUUUGAGGUUCUAUAAAAUGGUGUUUUCGAAUUAACCCCUUGAUCAAA